CCAAGAGAGCUGAGAGUGGGGACCCAGGGAAGCGCAUAUAGGAGUCCGAGGAAGCUCAGAAUGUGGAGUUCUAGAAGACAGAGUCGGGGGAUCCAGGGGGCUCGGAGCGUGGAAGGAGUCAGACUCAGGGUCACAGGUCCAGGGUUGCUGCAGUGAAGGGGCGCUCCGGAAGAGAAAUCUGAAGGGAGCCUAGAGGAGGGGGAUCCGAGGAGACUGAAAAUGGGUCUGACCGGGUACCUGGAGUUGCUGUCGAUGGAGGAUCAGGAUGCCAGGGUCCCAGGCCUGGAGCCAUUCAGGGUGGAGCAGGCACCACCUGUAAUUUACUACAUCCCUGACUUCAUCUCCAAGGAAGAGGAGGAGUAUUUGCUUCGACAGGUCUUCAAUGCCCCAAAGCCAAAAUGGACCCAGCUCUCCGGGAGGAAGUUACAGAACUGGGGUGGGCUCCCCCAUCCCCGGGGGAUGGUUCCUGAGCGACUGCCACCGUGGCUCCAGCGUUACGUGGACAAAGUGUCUGACCUCAGCCUUUUUGGGGGUCUCCCAGCCAACCAUGUCCUCGUAAACCAGUAUCUGCCUGGGGAGGGCAUCAUGCCCCACGAGGAUGGGCCACUGUACUACCCGACCGUCAGCACUAUCAGCUUGGGCUCUCACACCAUGCUGGACCUCUACGAGCCUCGGCAGCCAGAGGAUGAUAACCCAACAGAGCAGCCCCGGCCCCCGUCCCGGCCGGCCACCUCUCUGCUGCUUGAACCGCGCAGCCUGCUGGUGCUCCGUGGCACCGCCUACACGCGCCUCCUCCACGGCAUCGCGGCAGCCAGCGUAGACGCACUCGAGGCAGCCUCCCUGCCGCCCAACGCCGCCGCCUGCCCCUCGGCGCAGCCGGGAGCCCGCCUGGUGCGCGGCACCCGCGUCUCGCUGACCAUCCGCAGAGUCCCCCGCGUGCUGCGCGCUGGCCUCCUACUCAGCAAGUGACGCCAGGGCCCAGGACCUGCUCGGAUUCCCGAGCUCGCUCCCGCUCUGGACUGCUACCUUCCUGUGACCUUGGAUCUCUGGGGUAGAGGCGGCUCCCCUCGGGUUAUUUUCCAGUACCUGUGUGGAAACCACAGGAAGAGGACCCAUUCCAAAUAA